AUGAGCGAGGAAUCGGUUCCAAUGGUUAGUUAUUUUACUGAAUUUCUCGACAAAAUUCAAGAUUUUCAGACAAUUGGUUGGUUCGAUAUGCCAUUGGAGAUGAGAGAAAUGAUUAUGGAACAAAUGGAAGUUAAGACGAAAGGAAAAUUGUUGCAAUGCUCGAAGGAUUGUGAUAAAGAAGUCAAAGGAAUGAAGAAUUUCAUUCGCAGAAUCCGACUUAUUUUGUCUUCAUCAAAAGUUUGUAUUCAAGUGUCAUUUAAUUGUGUCAAGAACAAUACCGCUCUUCAAUGA